AUGGCGCCAGUGACCCGUCAGGCUUCCAAGAAAAUUAAGUUCACCGAUGACGGUGAGCUUCCCGAGAACCAUGAGCCUAUCACAGUUGACAAGUCAGAGUCAGAGCCCGAGGAGAGCGAGUCCGAUUCCGACUCAGACGAGGCUCCAGAGGAAGAGUCGAUCUCAGCAUCCAAGGCCAAGACGCUCAAACAGCAAAAAGAGCAAGAAAAGCUAGAACAGGAAAGACGCAAGCAGGAAAAGCAAAAGAGAAAAGAGCAGGAUCUCGUAUACCAACAGCAGCAACAGGAAAAGAAGAAGCGUCUCGAAGAGCUCGUGGCGUCGCAGGAAUUGCCUGACUUGCUUCCGGAAGAGCUUCUUCAGGAGGUCAGUACCACGCCAGAGCAGCCUCAGGGCAAGCACAUGAGAACGGAGGAUCUCGAGAACGAGUACGCCGAGAUGAGAAAGAAGGCCAAGUUGGAGAAGCUCAAGCAGCUCAAGCAGCAGCGGACGCUGGCGAUCAAGAAAGGCCCCGUCCACGUGCAAGUGCAGCAGUUUGGGCUGACCAAAAAGUCCGUGCCCAAGGCCGACCCCAAGGUGGUUGAGAGCAAGAGCAGCUGGCUCAACAGAGACUUCUUGAGAAGAAAAUAG